GUCGCGCACAGCGCCCCGAGCCCAGGCGCCUCCCCGCCCCCUCCCCGCGCUCCGCGGCGGCGGCGGCAGCAGUAGCAGCAAUAUGGCUGUUGAUGGGUGUUCGGGGUGGCGCUGGCGGCGGGAGGAGCUCCCCCGAGCCCCUGCGCCGGCUGCCCGUUGCUAGCUAUGGCAAAUGGUGGCGGCGGCGGCGGCAGCAGCAGCAGCGGCGGCGGCGGCGGCGGCGGCGGCGGCGGAGGCAGUAGUCUUAGAAUGAGUAGCAAUAUCCACGCGAACCAUCUCAGCCUAGACGCGUCCUCCUCUUCCUCUUCUUCUUCCUCCUCCUCUUCCUCUUCGUCCUCGGUCCACGAGCCCAAGAUGGAUGCGCUCAUCAUCCCGGUGACCAUGGAGGUGCCGUGCGACAGCCGGGGCCAACGCAUGUGGUGGGCUUUCCUGGCCUCCUCCAUGGUGACUUUUUUCGGGGGCCUCUUCAUCAUCUUGCUCUGGCGGACGCUCAAGUACCUGUGGACCGUUUGCUGCCACUGCGGGGGCAAGACGAAGGUAACGCAGAAGGUGAAUAAUGGAGAAAAAUCUCUUGAUGGAUACUUGAAACCAAUGGUAUUGAAGGAAGAGGUCGUAGCUGCACUGAGGGAAUUGGUAUGGCUGACCAGCUGCUCAGAGUGGAGGGGCAUUCUAUUAGCUAUUGCCUUCACUAUCCUUGGUAUGGUUCUAGUUGUCUUAGUCUUUGCUCUCAGCAUUGGUGCACUUGUAAUAUACUUCAUAGACUCGUCAAACCCAAUAGAAUCCUGCCAGAAUUUCUACAGAGAUUUCACAUUACAGAUCGACAUGGCUUUCAACGUGUUCUUCCUUCUCUACUUUGGCUUGCGGUUUAUUGCAGCCAAUGAUAAGCUGUGGUUCUGGCUGGAAGUGAACUCUGUAGUGGAUUUCUUCACGGUGCCUCCCGUGUUUGUGUCUGUGUACUUAAACAGAAGCUGGCUUGGUUUGAGAUUUUUAAGAGCUCUCAGACUGAUACAGUUUUCAGAAAUUUUGCAGUUUCUGAAUAUCCUUAAAACAAGUAAUUCCAUCAAGCUGGUGAAUCUGCUCUCCAUAUUUAUCAGCACAUGGCUGACAGCAGCCGGGUUCAUCCAUUUGGUGGAGAAUUCAGGGGACCCAUGGGAAAAUUUCCAAAACAACCAGGCGCUUACAUACUGGGAAUGUGUCUAUUUACUCAUGGUCACCAUGUCCACCGUUGGCUAUGGGGACGUUUAUGCAAAAACCACACUUGGCCGCCUCUUCAUGGUCUUCUUCAUCCUUGGGGGACUGGCCAUGUUUGCCAGCUACGUCCCUGAAAUCAUAGAGUUAAUAGGAAACCGCAAGAAAUACGGGGGCUCCUAUAGUGCGGUUAGUGGAAGAAAGCACAUUGUGGUCUGUGGACACAUCACUCUGGAGAGUGUUUCCAACUUCCUGAAGGACUUUCUGCACAAGGACCGGGACGAUGUCAAUGUGGAGAUUGUCUUUCUUCACAACAUUUCCCCUAACCUGGAGCUUGAAGCUCUGUUCAAACGACAUUUCACUCAGGUGGAAUUUUAUCAGGGUUCAGUCCUCAAUCCACACGAUCUUGCAAGAGUCAAGAUAGAGUCAGCAGAUGCGUGCCUCAUCCUUGCCAAUAAGUACUGCGCUGACCCAGAUGCAGAAGAUGCCUCCAACAUCAUGAGGGUAAUCUCCAUUAAGAACUACCAUCCGAAGAUCAGAAUCAUCACUCAGAUGCUGCAGUAUCACAACAAGGCGCAUCUGCUAAACAUCCCGAGCUGGAAUUGGAAAGAAGGGGAUGAUGCAAUCUGCCUUGCAGAGCUGAAGCUGGGUUUCAUAGCCCAGAGCUGCCUGGCUCAAGGCCUCUCCACGAUGCUCGCCAACCUCUUCUCCAUGAGGUCAUUCAUAAAGAUUGAGGAAGACACAUGGCAGAAAUACUACUUGGAAGGAGUCUCAAAUGAAAUGUACACAGAAUAUCUUUCCAGUGCCUUCGUGGGUCUGUCCUUCCCUACUGUUUGUGAGCUGUGUUUUGUGAAGCUCAAACUCCUAAUGAUAGCCAUUGAGUACAAAUCUGCCAACCGAGAGAGCCGUAUAUUAAUUAAUCCUGGAAACCACCUUAAGAUCCAAGAAGGUACUUUAGGAUUUUUCAUCGCAAGUGAUGCCAAAGAAGUUAAAAGGGCAUUUUUUUACUGCAAGGCCUGUCAUGAUGACAUCACAGAUCCCAAAAGAAUAAAAAAAUGCGGCUGCAAACGGCUGAUAUAUUUUGAAGACGAGCAGCCGUCCACGCUGUCACCCAAAAAAAAGCAACGGAACGGAGGCAUGAGGAAUUCCCCAAACACCUCGCCCAAGCUGAUGAGGCAUGACCCUUUGUUAAUUCCUGGCAAUGAUCAGAUUGACAACAUGGACUCCAAUGUGAAGAAAUAUGACUCUACCGGGAUGUUUCACUGGUGUGCACCCAAGGAGAUAGAGAAAGUCAUUCUGACCCGAAGUGAAGCUGCCAUGACUGUCCUGAGUGGCCAUGUUGUGGUCUGCAUCUUUGGUGAUGUCAGCUCAGCUCUGAUUGGGCUCCGGAACCUGGUGAUGCCGCUCCGUGCCAGCAAUUUUCAUUACCAUGAGCUCAAGCACAUCGUGUUCGUAGGCUCCAUUGAGUACCUCAAGAGAGAAUGGGAGACGCUUCACAACUUCCCCAAAGUUUCCAUAUUGCCUGGUACACCAUUAAGUCGCGCUGAUUUAAGGGCCGUCAACAUCAACCUCUGUGACAUGUGCGUUAUCCUGUCAGCCAAUCAGAAUAAUAUUGAUGAUACUUCGCUGCAGGACAAGGAAUGCAUCUUGGCGUCACUCAACAUCAAAUCUAUGCAGUUUGAUGACAGCAUCGGGGUCUUGCAGGCUAAUUCCCAAGGGUUCACACCUCCAGGAAUGGACAGAUCCUCUCCAGAUAAUAGCCCAGUACAUGGGAUGUUACGCCAGCCAUCCAUCACAACUGGGGUCAACAUCCCCAUCAUCACUGAACUAGCUAAACCGGGCAAGUUGCCUUUGGUAUCAGUCAAUCAGGAAAAAAACAGUGGGACGCACAUUCUAAUGAUAACUGAACUGGUGAAUGACACUAAUGUUCAGUUUUUGGACCAAGAUGAUGAUGAUGACCCCGACACAGAACUGUACCUCACGCAGCCAUUUGCAUGUGGAACAGCAUUUGCCGUCAGCGUCCUGGACUCCCUCAUGAGUGCGACAUAUUUCAAUGACAAUAUCCUUACCCUGAUACGGACCCUAGUGACUGGAGGAGCCACACCAGAGCUCGAGGCUCUGAUUGCUGAGGAGAAUGCCCUUCGAGGGGGCUAUAGUACCCCCCAGACACUGGCCAACAGGGACCGCUGCCGUGUGGCCCAGUUAGCCCUGCUGGACGGUCCCUUUGCUGACUUAGGGGAUGGCGGUUGUUAUGGUGAUCUGUUCUGCAAAGCUCUGAAAACCUAUAAUAUGCUUUGUUUUGGGAUUUACCGGCUGAGAGAUGCCCACCUCAGCACCCCUAGUCAGUGCACAAAGAGGUAUGUCAUCACCAACCCCCCAUACGAGUUUGAGCUCGUGCCCACGGACCUGAUCUUCUGCUUAAUGCAGUUUGACCACAAUGCCGGCCAGUCCCGAGCCAGCCUCUCCCAUUCCUCCCACUCGUCCCAGUCCUCUAGCAAGAAGAGCUCCUCCAUUCACUCCAUCCAGUCCACCGUGAACCGACCGAACCGCCCCAAGUCCAGGGAGUCCCGGGACAAACAGAAUGCAACAAGGAUGAAUAGAAUGGGCCAAGCAGAAAAGAAAUGGUUUACAGAUGAAUCGGAUAAUGCCUAUCCCAGAAACAUUCAAAUCAAGCCCAUGAGUACCCACAUGGCUAACCAGAUCAACCAAUAUAAAUCCACAAGCAGCCUGAUUCCACCAAUCAGAGAAGUUGAAGAUGAAUGUUGA